UGGCAGGGGAGGUGGCCGAGCCACCCCGGUGGGCAGCGGUGCGGGCGGCGAGCACGUAGCCAGCUCUUGCCGGAGGCUGUCGCCAUGACCCUCACCAAAGGCUCCUUCACCUACUCCAACGGGGAGGAGUACCGCGGCGAGUGGAAGGAAGGUCGCAGGCACGGUGUUGGGCAGCUGACAUUUGCUGAUGGCACAGCUUACGUGGGGCACUUUGAGAACGGGCUGUUCCACGGCUGCGGCGUGCUCACCUUCUCUGACGGCUCCAGGUACGAGGGGGAGUUUGUGCAGGGCAAGUUCAACGGCGUCGGCGUCUUCACCCGCUGCGACAACAUGACUUUUGAGGGCGAGUUCAAAGGCGGGCGUGUGUAUGGCUUCGGUCUCCUGACCUUCCCCGAUGGCUCCCAUGGGGUGCCCCGCAAUGAGGGCUUCUUUGAGAACAACAAGCUGCUGCGGCGGGAGAAGUGCCCGGCUGUCAUCCAGAGGGCCCAGGGUGCCUCCAAGUCUGCCCAUAACCUGACAGCGUGACAGUGCCCCACAUCCCCUCCUGCCGCAGAGGGACCCCCAGACUGGGCAUUGCCUGGCCCUGCCGUCCCCAGAGUGGGGAUGUGGCACUGCUGGGUGCCCCCUUGCCCUCUGUCUCUACCAAGCCCCCUGCCCAACCCCCGUGGCUGGGGGACACUCCUCCACCCAAGUGCCCCAGGGCAGCUGUGGUGCCUUCUCUCUCUGGCUACAGCCCUGGCACCUGCUGGAGCAGCAGAGGGACAGGGUGGCCGGGGCUCAGCUCCUCUGCCCCCAGGAAGACUGUGGAGCACUGGGGCUGCUGGCCUGCUGCAGAGGAUGGAGCAGGGGUGUAGGGGCUGAGCCCUGACCCCACUGCCAGGGUGCCUUGGCUGGGAGCCGCUGGUUGGAUCAUGUGCUCACAGAGAGGCAGCUCCUGGCCCUCUUCACUACCCUGGUUUCAAGGCAGGGUGGCACCGUGUGGCCUGUGCCUGUUCUAGGUGACUGGCCAUCCUCCAGCUUGCCUGGGCAGAGUGACAUGGUGCCACAAAAGGACCCAACCUGCUCUUGGGGCCAGGUGAUGGGCUGUGCCCCAUUCAUCCCUGUGCGUUGGGGACAUCUGCAGCAGUAUCCCCAAGAAGGAGGACUGGGGAACACCCAGGCUGGCCAUGUCUGCUGCACACUGGGGGAGGGCUGGAGGCAUGGUGAGCAAGGAGCAGGGUCCAACAGAGCCUGGGAUGAGGGGCAUGAGCAGGGCUGGGGUAGGGUGCCAGGGCUGGAGCAGGGGGCCUGGGCAGGGUGCAUGGGGAUAGGGGCAUGGCAAAGGGGCAGGCAGGGUGGACAGGGAGCACACAACUCCCCAUCUUGCCCCCCACAUGCAUCCUCCAUCUCCCCCUGCAUGCUCACCCUCGCCCCGGUGUGUUCUGGCCGUGGUGCAGGAGUCCCGGCAGCCCUCGUAGCCUGGUGCUGGGCUGCAGGGACCCUGCCUUCCCUGCCAGUCUCUGCCCACAUCGGUGCUGUGCCUUGCCGUGACCCUGCCUUGUGCUGCCGCCUGCACAGGCCUCAGCUGAGUAAACCACAUUGCCAAAC